UGCUACCUUUAGCGCCAGAGAAUGCAAAACAGUGUUACUGCUGCAGAAUAUUAUUUCGUUAGCAAACGUGUAAGUACAAUAAAGUCUGCACAAGAUCAACAAGCUUGUUUGCUUUGAGGCCCCUUUAAAUACAAGAUAAGAUUUCGAUCUACGUCAGAGCGUCAGCGCGCCCAAGACUCUUUCUACAGCGUUGUUGGCAGGGCAGCCAGAGCGAUUUUUGACGCGCUCAACGGCGGCGGUCUGAACGCACAGUAACAGUACGCGACGCGACGCGAAUGAUGACAGGUGAUGUGGGCAAACACACACCUGACCGAAGACGCUGUUCAGCAGGUUGGUGUACACCUUGUUCAUGGCGUCCUCGCUGGAUUUCUUGUUGGUUGUUAUUGUGUUGGUGUCACCGGACGCGGUCUUCCGGAGGGCUGACUUAGGGACGGCAUCGGACGACUGGACAGAUUUAACGCUGUCAUGGAAAACACCGAAGUUAUGUGCCGGUCAAACACCACAGCGGUGAUCAGACUCAUUUCAUCUACCUGUCUGUGGAUGGCGCUCUCUGUGCGUUCUGGGCCAUUCUUCACUGUAGCCACAGCGGCACGAUCUUUAUGUGUAUCCUAACAAUCAUUGAAAGCGUGUUGGUUAUCAGACAAAGAGAAAACAAUGUCAGGAAAUCGUAUUUAGCAAAUGUCAGAUGAACUAUGAAACUUAAAUUUAUUGUCAGAUAGAAAAUCCAUUGACAAUGUUAUGAAUAACAGCCACGUUUACUGGGAUCUUACUUCAUAAAACGGUUUAAAACAGAUGAGGAACAAUAACUCAGAAACUGGUGGAUGAAUGGUGUUCUUACCGUCAACAGAAUGAAUGUGUGGAGGAUUCUUCACAUGUGUGUGAUGUGAAGUGUCCGUGUCUCUGUCACAGGACAUCUUAAAGGCAUCCACGAUGACGUAUAAUUGUGGGCUGAUUUGAUGACGUACGUGUGAUCAGAUUCCGAAAGUGAAAGUAGAGGAAGAAACGCGGCGGGAUUUUGCGGCCAUUUCUCUUCUCAGAUUAUAGGUCUAUAUCUGUAUUCUUUUUAAACUGGAUAUGUCUGAAGGCUCCAGUUGUCGAGGACGAGCUUUAUUUCUCUGCAGAAUGCUGUUGUUGUUUGUUUUCGGUGUGAUUCUCGUUGAGGCUUCAGUCUCAAAGCACUCGGUGGAGGUUCUUCCGGGUCAGAUUGCGGGUGGGGUGGGUUUGACGGUCACUCUGCCCUGCUGGAUCUCUCCUCAGACGGACGCUGGGACUCUGGAGAUCCGCUGGUAUCGUCCCGAACGCUACGACACUCCUGUUCUCUUCUAUCGGGAUGGAAAGAUUCAGGCGGUUCAGGAAGAACGGUACAGGAACCGCAGCUCUCUGAGCCGGCGCUCCGCUCUGUCUAACGGACUGAAGGACGGAGACGUGUCUCUGCGUUUGGACAAUCUCACGCUUCAGGACGGAGGUGUCUUUUACUGUUAUGUGAGCGGAGACUGGUACGACAGUCAAGCUGUAACGCUCCUCAUCAGCGCAUUAGGACGGACACCGGUCCUGUCUCCACAGCCCGUGAAUGACACGCACGUGAACGUCAGCUGUAGAUCCAGCGGCUGGUUUCCGGAGCCGAGCGUCGUGUGGAUGUCAGACGGAAGAAGGCUCGUCUCCGCUGGACGAGUUUCUCACAGUCAUGGAGCUGAUGGGACGUUCUCUGUCCACGGCUGGACACUGGUCUCUCUCUCGGACACUCCACAGGUCUUCUGCCUUCUGUCGCUCAGCAGUGGAGAGGAGAGAGAGGGAGCAGUGGACGUACAGGCCUUCAGACCUUCGCCUUCAGGUCCAUGGAAGGCCCUUUUCCUCACUGUUGGGAUUUGUGCUCUUUUGGGUCUGCUUGGUUUCGUCUUAUUCAAACACAGAGACAGACUAACAGGUAAACAAACAACAAAGAACGAGGGAGAUGAAACACAUUGUAAUGAUGAAAUUAAAAAACUGAGAAGAAACGCAGAAGUGAUCACGCUCGACUGUCAGUCUAAACAUCCGGACCUGAAGAUUUCAGCGGAUCUUAAAGCAGUGAGAGAUCCUAUAAGUUAUCAGCGGAGAGGAGAUAAAUUUCCAUAUGAGCUGUGCGUCUAUGCAGCUAAAAAAUUCUCGAUUGGACAACAUUAUUGGGAAGUUGAGUUGGGGCAAAAAGAGACCACUCCUAAAAACUGCUGGCUUAUUGGUGUAGCGAAAGUCGGGAAUUAUUGGUCAGCAGAUAAAAGUGGUUUAUCUCCAUCAAACGGGUUCUGGUUCGUGUGUUCAGACGGUCCAAAAGGCUUUUACACAAACACUGAACCACCAGUAACUCUCUCUCUUGCCCCCAGACCUCAGCGUGUUGGUGUUCUGUUAGAAUAUGAUGCGGGUCAGCUGUCGUUUUAUGACGUCACUGAGGGUAAACAUCUGCUGACCAUCAGCUCUACAUUCUCUGGAACAGUUGUUCCUCUCUUUAAUCCUGGUGUAGGUGAUACAAGUCCAUUAAGAAUUGUGGAUCUUCCAAAACCUGAAGAAUCACCUGCAGAGUCCAGUGAGCCUUUACUGCAGGAUUCACAAAACUCGGUGUGAAAAACACAACUUUUUGAAGUUUAUUGUUAAACGGUGGUGGUUCACUGUAAAGUGAACACGUGCUGUUGUUGUCCUCACCCUGAGAGCAUCUGAGAUGUAGCCGUCCUGUAUCUGACGCUCGGUUCUGUUUGACUGAUGCUGUAGAUUACUGCUUACGGUGUUGUAAAUAAUGUUCAGUUUUCUGAACAGAGCAAGCGAUUUGCUUUAUAAGAUGUCAGCAUAUCAGGAGACACUGGGAUUGAUCGGUUUUGAAACUUAAAUAGUUCACCUUCAAAAUGAGAAUUCUGCAAUUAUUUACUCGUUCUCUUGUCAUUUCAAACCUGCGCGAGUUUCUUCUGCAGAACACAAAAGAUAUUUUGAAAAAGGUUGGAAACAACCGUCGGUCCCCAUUGACUUGCAUUGGUUUUGUGUCCAUACAAUAGAAGUCAAUGGGGGCCGACGUUUUAGGUUACCAGCAUUUUUCAAAAUAUCUCCUUUUGUGUUCUGCAGAAGAAAGAAAAGCACACAGGUUUAAAAUGACAUCAGGGUGAGUAAAGGACUAGUUCACCUUCAAAAUAAGAAUUCUGUCAUCAUUUAAAGACGUGAAACAUGAGGACAGAAACGAUGUCACCUACAUCUCAGAUGUCCUCGGGAGGCUAAAUCAACAGCAUGAUCUAUAUAACGUGUCAUCUUAUAGAGCAGUGGUCUCAAACUCAAUUCCUGGAGGGCCGCAGCUCUGCACAGUUUACCUCCAACCAAUUCCAACCCACACCUGUUUAGAGGUUUCUAGUAAUCCUAACGACCUUGAUUAGAUGAAUCAGGUGUGUUUGAUUAGGGUUGGAGCAAAACUGUGCAGAGCUGCGGCCCUCUAGGAAUUGAGUUUGAGACCACUGUUAUAGACGGACAGAUCCAACACAAGUGCAGCACAAUGACCGAACCUUCCACCAGCGGCUGUUGAUCUGUCAUUAUAUUCACGAUGAAUUACCAGUAUGUGCACCCCACACACACGUUUAUAUUCACACAGAAGUUCUUUUUCAGUCUAUAAAUGCUCUGAUACACCGAACACUCAUAUAUUUAGGGUUAAGGAAAUAUAACUCGUGCAUUUAUUUCAUCCAGGUCCAUUAAAGUUCUUCAAGAUGAAGUUUGUUCAUCAUCUCGGUCUUAAGAAUGAAGUCAGUGUUUGUAUAAAUGUAAAGUUAGUUGAGUUUACCGCACUAAUAGGGCAGUUGUGGCCUAAUGGUUAGAGAGUCGGACUCAUGACCAGAAGGUUGCCGGUUCGAUUCCCAGGGCCGGCGGGUAACAACUGAGGUGCCCUUGAGCAAGGCACUUUACCCCUACUUGCUCCCCGGGCGCUGCAGUGAUAGCUGCCCACUGCUCCGGGGGUACGUGUGUUCACUACUCUCUGGAUGGGUUAAAUGCAGAGGUCACAUUUCGUUGCCUUGUACAUGUGCAAUGACAAUAAAUUGAAUCUAAAUCUAAAAAUCUAAUAAUGACACCAAAAUGUAUAUUUUCAUAUCUUACCACAUGUAGAAACUAAAUGAACUUUCCUUUGUAUUUGUGCUCAGCCUGCUGAGAUAUUCUGCAUGUAAUCAAUAUUGUGUGUUAAACUCUUCUGUAUCUGUUGUUGUUUAAUGCUACGUGGGGUGAAUAGUAAUACUGGUAUGUUGAUAUUAAUCCUGAAAGAUUUUCAAUACAGUGUCUGAUGA